AAAAAAUUAUUUUUUUUAAAUGGACCAGAGUACCACCGUCUCAGUGACCUGUCAGCACCGUUUUCCUCAACCUAUCACCGCUAAUAUCCUUUAUCCGUACGCCGCCAUCACUCGUCGCCUCGUCGUUGGAAUCUCCCUUUGCCGCCACGUGUUGCACCCUCAUUGGAAAAGCCCUCUUUAAAUUCACCCAAUUACCCACUUCAAAUUCACCCAAUUACCACUGUCAAAAAAUUAGUAGAUCCAAAGCGAGGUGAAUUAUACAGAAGGCUAAUAGGCGUGAGUACCAUAAGUGGUAACAUAGUCUAAUUGAAUUUUUAAGGCGAAAAAGGAGGAGUCUCCAAAAGCUGAGAGGUACUUUAUGAAAUUCGUGAAAGUGAUGGAGAUGGAGGUACAAAUCUUAUAUAUUUAGACACGGAUGGAUAAUAUUCAUUUUGUUGAGAAAUUUAGGGUUGGGGAGAUUGAAGAAAUUAAGUAUGGGAAGGAAGAAAGUGGAAAUAAAGCGGAUCGAAGACAGGAGUAGUAGGCAAGCGACUUUCUCGAAACGCAGAAGCGGACUGAUGAAGAAAGCCAAUCAGCUCUCUAUUCUCUGUGACGUUGAUAUCGCCGUCGUCGUCUUCUCUAGCCGUGGACGCCUCUUUGAAUUCUCCAGUACUAACAGUUUGACAGGAAUAAUUCAACGAUAUCACAGAAACGUGAAAGCAGAAGAUAAGGUCUCUGCAGAAGUUAAUGACACAGAGGAAUCAAAAUAUGCAAGUUUCAUGACAAUGGAAGAAGUGCUACAGACGGUAGAAAAGCAACUCGAGGAGCCUGAUGUUGAUGAUCUCAGCAUUACUGAUCUUGUCCAUUUGGAAAACCAAGUUGAGACUGCUCUUACACAAACCAGAUCUAGAAAGACACACUUGUUGAUUGAAUCAAUUAAGAAUCUUCAUGACAAGGAGAAGCUGCUGAAAGAAGAAAACAAAGUUCUGGAUGACGAGAUAGGUAGCAUCAAGAAGAAAGAAGCAAAUGAGAUGGCAGUGGAUCUCAAUAACAUUGCACCAACCCCUAUGGAUUGUGGACAACAGAGAGAGACCCUGAUCUUUCUAUAGACAUAAUGAAGGCGGCAUCACACAUAUCAUAUCAAAGCUAUAGCAGCCUUCCCAAUAUAUUGUAGGAGAGCAGCCAGUCUAACCACCACCACCACCACUACUACUAGUACGUGGCGUUCUAUUGUAUUGUAUGUGUCUCCUGCUAUAGUUGAAAUACUGAAAAGUUGUGUGAGGAGCAAUAAGGAGAUACUUGCAGUGUCUCGAAAACUCUAUCUAGUGGUGCCAUCUGAAUGACUAGAUAAAAUUUUCAAAUUUCCUUGGUAUCAGAAGCGCUUUGAAAAAUUGAAUGAUCAGAGAAGUGCUGUAAGAGGCCAACGGCCUGUGUUUGGCCAAUAUAUUUAAGGGGUGUCUUGCCCUUUGUCAAUAAUAUAGAACCAGUUUGUGUCU